AUGCAAAUGAAGAAUGUAACGAAAAGAACAUCAAGAACGAAGGAAAGCGUGAGAAGAAGCCGUGCCCAGUACCAAAUUGUUACGCCAAUGUUGUUCACCUCCCAAAGCACCUCCACAACGUCCACAAGUGGCAUGCAGAAUAUGCUAGAACGGCACUAUCAAGAUUCAAGCUCCGCAAGAAGUAUGAAUUUGCCAGUCAAGAAGCAGCUUCUGCUGGAAAUCACAGCCGUAAAAAAAAGUGAGGAAAAGAAAACCAAGCCGAAGCCCAAUCGAAAGAGAAAAAUAUGUCCUUUACCUGGGUGUAUGGUAAUUACAGAGAGAUUGCCUCAACACCUUCAGAGAACACAUAAACUAAAAAGAGAAGAUCCGAAGUAUAAAAAGUAUCUUUCCCUCGCAAAGGUUGUUUCUAAGGACAAACCUCAUGCUUUUAUGCAUAUGAAAGAAGAAAUGGGGCGGAUGCAAAGGCUCACUCCAGAGUUCGUAGUGAGAGGUGAAGAGCUCGAAGAUACUGGCGACAAUUCAGAAGACGGGUUCCUCUUAAAUGUCCAAAGUUAUGACUGUGAUGAGAAACAAGACGUAUUUGACUUAUCGCCACCAGAAAACGAGUUGGCAGAGAUGACAGAGAGCACAGAGAUGGUAAACUCCGUUGGCAGAGAUGACAGAGAGCACAGAGAUGGCAAACUCCGUAGCCAGAAACAACUCAGAGACUGAAACCAAAGUCCUGAACCAAUUUUGUAACUGGAUGUUGUCUCCUGAUGGGGAACAAAAGGACCAAAAAACUGCAACGCAGCAUGUCGCUCAAGUGAAAAGAAUUAUCUGA